ACGUAAGCCUUCCAAGCCGCCCAAUGGCGGCGGCACCCGUUCAGCGAAACGUCGCUUCGACACCCGACCAAUGACGGGAGGAGAGCGACGGAGACGGAAAAAGAUGCUGCAGGUGAAAUGGUCGCGAAGACCUUGGCCAAGCUCUGAACGGGCCCCUUUCUCCUCGUUUCCUCUCCAUCUUUUGUUCCUUUUUACCCCCCCCCCCCCCCCCUUACUAUCGCCUUAUUUCGAUUUUCUCUUUAUCAUUUCUUUCUGGCCGCCGGCGUUUUCCUCGCUCGCUACUACCUUGCUGCUGUUCCUUCCAGCGGAGGCGAAAGUGUAAAAGGCGGAGGUCGUCAGACGAGUGAGAGCGAGCCACCUGAGAGAAAGGGAAGGGAGGGGUGAGGGUGCUGUUUACCAAUUCCAGAGACCGGUAUAUAAGAGAGCCGACUGUCCCAGAGCAGGCAUCCACAUCGGCUUCAGUCUCUUGGACAUCUUGUACCUAUAUACAUAGCCCCUUUUCCAAACAUACGCUAGCUCUUCUGCACCUCUGGGCAUACCAGUGAAAAUCAUCUAAGUCAACAUGAGGACCUUCGCCCUUUUCGCCGCGAUUAUCGCCGUCGCCGCCUACCAAGUGCACGGCCAGGCUUGCCACCUUCGGGAGCUGGACCUCUGUGCCGCCUCCCUUCUGCUCUUUAACCAGAACCCAUCUGGUGUGGCCACCACCGACGCCGAAGUGGACAAGCAGUGCGGUUUCCUGAAGGAGUCCCAGGAAUGUUUCAAGAACUUCACUACUCGUUGUACCACUCCUCUGCAGAGGGAGCUCAUCGGUUUCGUCUCUGAGGGUUCCCAGGAACUCUUCAAGCAGUUCUGCUCCAAGGGCACUGAGAUCAGGACCAACUACCUGAAGCACGCCCCUUGCCUCGGCCAGACCCUUCCCCAGCAGAAGCUUUGCCUUACCGACAUCCAGGCUGGUCUUGAGAAGAUCGCCGUUGUCCCCUUCAACGACCGUGUCCCUGCCGCUUGCUGCAUGUACUCCAGGUACCAGGCCUGCACCCGCAAGGCCAUCACCGAAAAGUGCGGCGCUGAGGCUAUUGAGUUCGGCGAGAUCCUGGUGAAGAUGGCCGCUUCCGACCUUCCCAACGUCGUGUGCAACUCCUUCGACGCCAAGAACCCCAGGUGCAGUGCUCUGCUGCCGCCCCCAGGCACCAAGCCCACCGGAAAGUCCAACUCCGUCCUGUCCCGUCUUUUCUCCGCCUACCUGGGCAACUAAACGAUGCUUCAAUAGCAGAGCUGCGCAGUCAUCCUGAAGCUUUUUACAAGAUCGGACACAUUGGCGCUUCUUCAACUGCAGAAGAACCUGCUGCUUCUGUGGACUUUACGUUCUUCCACGACUCAACAGUGAAGACGAAGACUCCUAGCUCAGAUAACUUCCGCAGCCUUUCUGCCUUUUCCUUCCUUUAGCAGGAAAAAAGAAAAAAAAAAUCAAAGCCGCUUUUUUGCGAAACUAGGGCGCUUCUGAACAAGAGGUGUCCCUGUAUCAUGGCAUUUAGUAAUACAAGCGUCCAGAAGUAGUUAUCCCUGGCGCCUGCAGAGAAAAAGACGUAAAAAAAUGAGAAGAAAUGGGACGCCGUUGCAUAACAAGUUUCGUUUUGUAACUUGUCUUGCACGACUGCGUGAUCUCAACAAAAGGAAAAAAAAACAAGAAAGUGAUGACGUCACGUGAUCCUGAGACCUCAGUGGAACGCGCAGUUUAACAGAACGCGAGGGAGAGAGUUCCCGUCUUUCUUUUUUGUUUUUUUCUUGCGUGCUCUCCUUCCUCGUACCCGAUCUGUUAAAUCGGGCUUCUCUGUUGGAUGUACGUGAAUAAACUUCCUAAUGUUAUUACUGUUUUCCAA